UCGCUUGGGCGACCAGGAGCUGCUUUCUCUUGAGACACUGUGGCUGGUGCUGUCCUGCUGACCUGGCUGCUGACUUCCAGUGACCCUCCCCCUUGUGCCCCACCCAGCCCCUGGCUGGGUGGCCAGCACCAUGGCACAGACUGAUGUGCUACUGACUAAGGAGCCGGCCCCGCAGACCGUGCCACCGUGUGAGCUAUCGCCCAAGGUGUAUGAUGUGGCCUGCAAUACGGGGGCCUAUACGUCCUCAGGCCUGGCCACCACCGGCUUCCGCACGGCCAAGUACCUGAUGGACGAGUGGUACCAGAACUUGUAUGCCCACUACCACCAGGCCUUUGCGGACCGUGACCACUCAGAGCGGCAGCGGCAUGAGAGCCAGCACCUGGCAUCGGAGACAGAGGCGCUGGCCCAGCGCACGCAGCAGGACUCCACGCGCAGGGUGGGCGAGCGCCUGCACGACAUGCACAGCUGGAAGUCAGAGCUGCAGCGGGAGGUGGAGGAGCUGAUCGCAGAUACUGACGGGCUGCUGGCCCAGAAGCUGCGGCUGGAGCGUGCCCUGGACGCUUCGGCAGUGCCCUAUUCCAUCGCCAUGGACAGCCUGCAGUGCCGGGAGCGCCGCCAGCACCCUGACCUCGUGCGGGACCAUGUGGAGGUGGAGCUGCUGAAGGAGGCUGAGCUCAUCCGGAACAUCCAGCAGUUGCUGAAGAGGACCAUCAUGCAGGCUGUGAACCAGAUACGGCUGAACCGGCAGCACAAGGAGACUUGCGAGAUGGACUGGUCAGACAAGGUGGAGUCCUACAACAUUGAUGAUACCUGUGCCCGUUACAACAACCAGAGCACCCAAGUGCAGUUCCACCCACACUCCACCAAGCUGGAGGAAAGCGCUUCCACGCCCGAGACCUGGGCCAGGUUCACUCAAGACAACCUGCUCCGCGCCGAGCGGGAGCUUCUGGCCUCGGCCAACUUGCGGACGCUCAUCGACGCAAUCCUGCGGGACACCAGUGAGGACCUGCAGCUGCAGUGCGACGCCGUCAACCUGGCCUUCUCGCGCCGCUGCGAGGAACUGGAGGACGCGCUCCACAAGCUGCGGUGCCACCUGCACAAGAUCCUGCGGGAGAUCACUGACCAGGAGCACCAGGUGGCCGUGCUGAAGCAGGCCAUCAAGGACAAGGAGGCCCCGCUGCGCGUGGCCCAGACCCGCCUGUAUCAACGCUCAUUCCGGCCCAAUGUGGAGCUGUGCCGGGACACUGCCCAGUUCAGGCUGGUGAGCGAGGUGGAGGAACUGCACAUGUCCCUGGAUGCACUGAGGGAGAAGCUCCAGGAGGCAGAGCAGGCAUUGUGCAACCUGGAGGAGACACGUCUGAGCCUGGAGAAGGACAUCGCCAUCAAGACCAAUAGUCUGUUCAUCGACCGCCAGAAGUGCAUGGCCCACCGCGCCCAGUACCCCAGUGUCCUCCAGCUGGCCGGCUACCAGUGACUGCUGCUGGCACCCGGUGGUACUGUGUUGUCCCAAAUAAAAAACAUAUUGACUUUCUGCA